CAGGCCUCGAACGCCCGCAGGAGGAAAGCCGUCUUCCUGUAGUCACACCUCUUGCUGUCCUUUCCUGACGGACGUCCAGUUUGUCCAAUCAACACGCAAAGCGGUCGUCCAGGCUCACUAGCAAGCCUGUAGGACGCGGUUCCCAGGGAAGGCCCACCGUAACAGUGUAAGCGAUAUGAUUGGUGGAAUUGAGCCAGUAUUGUCCAAUCACGAGACUCAUCCCAGAGCCUAUCCAAUGAGAACCUCCGGUGGGCCGGCCGGACACCACGGGCUCUGUAAGCCCUCGGGUGGCCGCAGAAGCGGUGAUCAGCGUGCGGGCAUGAGCGCGUCCCUGAGCCGGGCGGCCGCGGCUCUGCUCCGCUGGGGGCGCGGCGCGGGUGGCGGAGUCCUGCCCCGAGCCGGCGUGCGGGCAGCAAGCUCGGGCGGCCAGGCGGAGCAGCUGGACGCGCUGGUGAAGAAGGACAAGGUGGUGGUGUUCCUCAAGGGGACGCCCGAGCAGCCCCAGUGCGGCUUCAGCAACGCCGUGGUACAGAUCCUGCGGCUGCACGGAGUCCGCGACUAUGCGGCCUACAACGUGCUGGAGGACCCGGAGCUGAGGCAAGGUAUUAAAGACUACUCCAACUGGCCAACCAUCCCGCAAGUGUACCUCAAUGGCGAGUUUGUGGGGGGCUGUGACAUCCUUCUGCAGAUGCACCAGAAUGGGGACCUAGUGGAAGAACUGAAAAAGCUGGGAAUCCGCUCUGCCCUGAUAGAUGAGAAGGACCAAGACUCCAAGUGAGGGCCCCAGGUCCUCGCCGGGCGGGCAGAGCGCCCUCCCCGUCAGGGCCAGAAAAGCCUCACUGCGUGGUGGUGUCCUGCUGCUGUGGCGCUUGCGCUGGGUCUCCUGGCCUGCAAGCGGGCAGGGUGCUUUUACUUUAGUCUUUGGCUCAGAAUCCCCUCUGGUGAACUCACCACCACUGCACUGUAAAUCAACGUCGUGAUCCUGUAUUGCUGUAACCCAAUCGUUCUUACAUUGACUUUACUCUCUGCCAGCUUCGGGAGUCAGUCCUGAUCUUGUACGUGGUUUGGGUUAUAACAAUGGCAAAGCCCCCUGAUGCUUUUGUAACUUCCUCUAAAAGGGAAAUGAUGGACAGAGAAGAAAAUGUGGUGGCUGGAGUGUUGUUUUUUUAAAAAUAAAUUGCCAAUACAGA